AUGAAAUUUGUCGCACUUGGGGUUGUUGAUGGGGAAGUGGAAAUUGAAAUUGAAGCAGUAGAUGUUGAAUCAAAAGUGAAGUUCUGGGAAUCUGUUCUCAUCAUGCAUGUGCUAGGUGAGGAGCUGAGUGUGAAUGUGGUCAAGCUGUUUAUGAAGAAUUGGAAUUUCGUGAAAUUGCCUAAUAUGUUCUACAACGAUGAAGGGUUCUUCAUUCUGCAAUUUCACUCAUUCCAUGAUAAGGACUCCGUCUUGACGAAGGGACCUUAUACAAUUCACAAUCGUCCAAUGUUGCUACGUGAAUGGAAAUCAAACUUCAACAUGAAGAAGGAUAUGCUAAAAACGAUGCCAUUGUGGGUAAAGCUCUUUCAAUUGCCUCUGCAUCUUUGGGGGGCCCGAAGCUUGAGCAAAAUUGGGAGUGCGAUUGACGCACCAGUGGUGACAGAUGAAUUUACGACAAAUAAGCUAAGAGUGUCAUAUGCGCGUAUAUUAGUAGAAGUUGGCAUCACCCUGUCAUACCCUAAUUUUUACCCCUAA